AUGUACCCUCAUUACAGUAAGUAUCUGACGCACCUGAGAUUUGCGGACGAUCUGGUGCUGCUGACUGAAGAUCACAAAGAACUACAAUACAUGUUGGAAACUCUCAAUGAGUACAGUAACUCAGUUGGCUUAGAAAUCAACAUCGAAAAAACUAAGGUUAUGACAAAUGUAACAAAACUACCAGUCACACUGCAAUCAAGAAACAUUGAAUAUGUAGAUGAGUACACUUAUCUUGGACAUCAAAUCUCAUUUAGCAAUGGAAUGGACAAAGAGAUCAAUAGAAGAAUAACGAACACAUGGAAAAAAUACUGGAGUAUGAGAGAUAUAUUUAAGGGUACCCUCCCCAAUAAACUGAAAACUAAAGCUAUGGAAGUAUGUCUAACUCCAUGUUUGACAUACGCCUGUCAAACAUGGACACUUACAAAGAAACAACUCAACAGAAUAGAAACCACACAGAGAGCAAUUGAGAGAAGCUAUCUAGGGAUCAAACUAAAAGAUCGUAUAAAAAACUCAGAGAUAAGACUUCGCACUCAAGCAAAGAAUAUAAAAAAGAUUCUGCUUAAAUCUAAAUGGAAAUGGGCAGGACAUCUUCAAAGACUUAAGGACGAUAGAUGGACAAAAAUAACAACUAACUGGUACCCACUGGGAAGGAAGAGAAAAAAAGGACGACCAUUCAAAAGAUGGGACGAUCCCAUAGUUAAAGUAGCAGGGAGAGUGUGGACAAGGUUGGCUAGAGACCGAGCCAAUUGGAAAGUCUUGGAGGAGGCUUUUACCGCUUAG